UAGAAUGCCCUGGCCCAGCAUUUUCAAACAGAAGAUAUUCAGGAAAAACAUCGGUGUACAAAUACAGAAAAACGCAGCUAUGAAGACAAAGUAUCUGCCACUAACAGUUCUUCUUUUAUGCAUUCUUGAACUUUCAUGCGGGUAUAUCAAUGAGAGGGAGUAUCAUAUCGAGAGAACCAAUAAUGGGCAAGAAGAAGAAAUAAAAAUUACAGACAGAAAUGGUCAUUCAGUGGCCAAUAUUGGCCUGAAUUUGGAUGAAGAAUAUCAAACUAUUCUGCCAGAUGAUUCGUACGUUUGUCUGAUCGCACGCCUCGAUAUGAGAAGUGAUAUUUCUGUGUGUUAUGAUCGAGUUCCCUUUCCACCAGGCCUCGAAGGUAUCGAGUCGAAAACUGAAAAAUGCGGAGACCGUCCUAUAUUUCUCCUGGCCAAACGUGACUGUUCUUCCGUUGAAGGAACUGAUAGGGAGAAACGGUCGACUCGAUGUUCUUAUUACGAAUACCCUGUCACCGUGUGUGUUGAAGAGGAAUCGUACUGCAAGAAAAAUGGCUGGCUCUUCCGUGCUGGAAAAUGUAAAAUUUGGGGAAUAAGAUGCAAACGAUCCGAAGUAACUUACAGAAAGGCUAGGAAUUGUCCUCUGGUCUAACAAAAUACUGAUUUCCUUAGCAUGGUUCAUAGCCUUAAUUCAUUUCGAAAAAAAAAAAGAAGAAAAAAGACAAUCUGCUGCAACCGUUAUCAUUUUGUUUUUGUAUAAGUCUGACUGUGUAUUCUGGUAUUGUAUAAAAUGUUUCAUAAUCAGUUUUCUUUUCUCCAUACCGAAUAUGUCAGCUGUCGGUGAUUGCUAGAUGGACUAUAUUUAGGUUUUACAUUACAUAGUGAAGUCAUUACGUCAUGUUCUGACGGAUAAAACGUUUAAAGGUAAUUAAUCACAUUUUGAUCAAGUAAUGGAACCGCUCUAAAGUUUAAAAAUGACCAGUCACAGUAAUUUGUGUUCACUUAGUGUGUCAUACAUAUUUGAUUGUCACUGCAGGUAUUCUUAAAAUUUCACUAACCUAUACUGGUUGACCAACCAAGAUAGUUAUUUUAGCAUAUGUUUAAAGCUAAUAAACAUAGUUUGUUUCUCAAAGCAAUGAUAUGAAUAUAAAAUUUGAUAAGUUCUGUUUGUCAAAGAUUUACAUUGAUAGAUAUAUAUCAAGCUUAAAUUUAUAAGAAUUGUAAUCCUGUAAAAUUAUUAUUACCUCCCUUGACCUACCGGAUGGUUUAGAUAAACGAACUCGAAAGGUACACACUGUUUAAGAUUUGGGUUUUGGUUCAGACUGUUGAAAUGUACCAAAAUCUACAAAAUGUUAAUAUAAAACUAGAAAAUAUAUCUAAAUAAAAAGAAAUAGUCUGUAUUUUUGAUAUUUUAUAUCAAGGUGGAUUGGGCCUAAUUUGAAGUCUUGGGUUCCGUUUUGAUAUUUCUGUAACUUUUUUUCCCCUGCAAACCUUCAAACACAACCAUUGACGUCCAUUUUUGAUGAACCACGAUUUUCUGUUCAGUCAGCAAGGAACGAUUUGCUUGUUACUCAUAAUAUUCCAACAGGUAUCUAAAUAUAUAAUGGAUCAUUUUGAUGAUUAAAAAUUUUAAACAGAAUA